AUGCCAGCCCGAUCGUCCGGCCGCAUCGAGAAGGUGCGGAAGAACAAGAACUCGACGCCCCAUCAGAAAAACCACCGAUGGGAGUCGUUUUCGACCAAGAUCGCAAAGUUCAAUUCGCUCCAGCCGCUGCGCAAAGUUCGACGACAUGACCUCGAAACGGAAGACUUGUCAUCGACGACGUCCUAUCUCCAGAAUGGACUGCAAAAAUGGGGGGAACUCAACAUUUCACAGCCUUUUUCCUCUUUCAAGAGGGAGGUGUACCCCUUGUGCGACAGCUUACCGCAGAUUUUGCACUUUGAGGAACGAAUCAUGGCUUCGUUGGCCAAGUACAUCUCGACACAGGACAAGGAAGGCCUAGAACCGCUGCUUGAUCUCUUGACAGCCUUUGCCCAUGAUCUAGGAAUUCGAUUUGAGAAAUACUUCUCACAGAGUCUGGACCUCAUCCUGGCAAUUGCGGGAAGGCCUCAGCCCGUCGAGGUCAUCGAGUGGACCUUUGGUGCUCUUGCGUUUUUGUUCAAGUACCUGUCCAAACUUCUAGUUCCGGAUCUUCGACCGACAUAUGCCGUCAUGGCACCACUUCUUGGAAAGGCCAAGCAUCCUCCGUUCAUUGCGCGAUUCGGCGCCGAGGCUAUGAGCUUUCUUGUCAGGAAAGCUGCGGCUCCUUCACUCCGCGAGACAGCCCUCGUGUCUUUCGUGGACUACGUGCGGGACGAUAUAUGCAAACUGGUGGACGAUCGACAGUUCAUGCUGUAUAAAGAUGGCAUCAUGACCAUGUUUGCCGAGGCGAUCAAGGGAACAGAACGAACCAUCCAUUCGACGGGAUCUGCCAUCUUCAUUGAGCUUAUGAACGCGAUUCCAAAGGAGGAGUGCACAUUGGCUGAGAUGACAACGUGGACCGACUUGGUUUGUGGCGUCUUAACCAGCGUGAUACAUCAUACUGAGGCACACACCUUCAGAGAAUUUGAAGAAGCAAUUCUUGAUAGGUGCGAUGCUAAGAUGAAGGAGGCCCACGAUGAUGAUUCUCAGUGGUGGAUGGUGCCUUAUAUCAGAGUUCUUGGUGUCCUCGCCGGUGUCCGGAAAGGAAUUCGAAUUAGUGACUGGACACGCCUUGUCCAACUGCUCGCUACCUUCCUUUCAACGGCGACACGGCCGAUCGAUGAAACCACUGAGCAAAACGAACUUUUAUGGACAUUAGUCGUUGCUAAUGCGGCAAUCACCUGCCAUCAUGCGCCUAUGGACUCGCUCAUUCCUCACAUCUCCCGUCUUCUCCAAUCACUGACGAGGGAGCCGUUUAUGAGAUUAUUUAUACCCUUUUGUUCUUAUUUCAGCGAGCUUGACCCACGUCGAUUCGGAAGCCUAUUCCGCAGUGAUUUUCAGAAAUUUAUUGCAACCCAUUGGUCUCAGGGACAAAACGAAGACAUGUUGUGCGUCUUGUUACCACAGAUCAUCGAGAACCGGGGGUUCCCGUCUGCUGGUGAGAAAGAUUGCUGCAAACUCCCCCAAGCAUGGCAGGAUCAGAUCGUCUCCAAGUUUGAAAGUCUGGAGAUUUCGCCUUUCCCUGAAAGAGGGCCAUACAAUAAAGACCCCCAAGUCUGGAGAGAUAGGUGUUUGCCCAAAUAUGCUGCUCUUCUCCGAAUCCUGGAGUUGACGGCCGUCCAUCCAUCAACCAACGCACGCAUUGCGGAGCUUCUCUUACGCAAACUCAAGCUUGCUCUUCGGCCCUCAUCCUCACUCGCCUCCGAUGAGGUCAAUUUUAUUGUUAGCCAAGGAUUUCAUGCCUAUUUAGGGAUGAGCAAAACUGCAGGUUCAACUGAUCCCCAACUUGCGCCUCUGCUUCGGGCAGCUGUGCCGCGAUUUGCACGAUCCGUGGGCUUCCUCCGGACUUAUCUUGCCUAUGAACAAAUGUUUCCACAUGGACACGAAGUUGACAGGCAUGACGCGCCUGGCACUGAUACUUCAGUUUCUGAGGAUGAUCCUGUGAUCCAGUCUUUGGUCAAUAAUUUGAGCUCUCCAUCUCAUGAUAUUCGACUGGCAUCGCUGGAAUUGCUGAACAAGAUGAGCAACACACCUGAGCAAACCCAAUGUGUUGAAAUCAUGCUUCAGAUUGAGCAAUCUCCAUUGACGUUGGAACAUACUAGAUCAAUGGCCAUGUAUCUGCGCAAGCUCGGGCAAGAAUACGGCUCAUUGACAGAUGCGACUUGGCUGAAACAAGGCAUACCAAACUUCAUGUUUGGCAUGUUGACAAUCAACCUGUCUCCAGUGUGGGACGAUUCGAUAGAGGCGAUGAAGCAGGUUGCCCAGAAUAAAUUCGGCGAGGAUGCCAUUGCUCUCACCGCAUUCCGAUGGCUGGAUGUAUCGUCACCGCGAUGGACUCCGCCACAAUCCGAAACUGGCUCCUCCCGCGCUUUCUAUUCUGACUUUGAAUGCACCACAUUGAACUCUCUCCGAGCGUCCGGAAAGACUGUUCAUGAGACGUCUGAUGAUUCGAAGAAUGUUAUGUUGCGUAAAUUUGAUGACAGCCAGCGACUGAUUGAGCCUUUCUCUACAAACGCCAAGGCUCAGGCGCUGAAAGUAUUCAAAGCUCUGCCUUCUAUCGCUGAGAGACGGUCCCGCCAACUAGUACCCCAUCUGUUUGCUUGGGCUCGUGAGGAGGAAGAUGUACACGACACUCAUGCUGAAGAGGACGCUCAAGCACAAGCAGUAUUCUGGUCAUUGGCUGACAGAAAGGGGCUUGUCAACGUCUUUGCCCAAUUCAUCAAUCCAAGGGUCUUGUUCGAGCAUGAACAAGUUUACGGUAUCAUGUUGCAGCUGCUAGGAAAUGGUGAUCUGGACAUUCAAAAGCUUGCUCUGAAGGCUAUUUUAGCAUGGAAGCAAGAUGGCGUGAAGGCUUAUCAAGAGAACUUGGAGUACCUUCUAGAUGAAGCUCGUUUCAAGAACGAAAUAACCGUCUUCCUCCAAGGAGAUAGUGUCAUCAAGCCCGAACAUCGAGCGGAUCUGAUGCCUGUUCUCCUUCACCUUCUUUACGGUCGUGCAAUUUCAAGAAAGGGAGGAGUUGGUGGCCGUCAUGGCCAGCAGACGACCCGACUUGCCAUUAUCAGGAAUCUGUCUAUCCAGGAUCUCGGUGGCUUCCUCGAUAUCGCUGUAGGAAAGCUCAAAGAUGUGCGAGUGGUUGGUCCUGCAGUCAAUCGGAAGAAGCUCUUUGACGAGGAAAUCAUUUCGGUUCGAAAACAAUUCGGUUUCCUAAACAUGGUCUUAUCUCUCAUUUCGGAGCUAGGCACUAAUGUGUCUCCUUACAUGGACACACUCGUCAACACGAUUUUGUACUGCCUCAUCUUCUCUUGCAGGCGACUGGGCGGUGCAGACACAGAGGCGGACCCCGAUGCCCCUGAAGAGGAGGAAAAAGCUAGCACACAUUCAUUGCUCAAGUCCACAAGGUCAACGGGUAUUAAGUGUUUGAUUGCUCUGUUCCAGAAUGCUCAGGAUUUCCAAUGGGAACCUUACCAGGAUAUCAUUAUUGAGGAAUUGGUGGCGCCCAGGCACGAAAAUCUGCCAGCCGAGACCGCACAAGGAGUCUCUGGCAUGCUGCAGUUACUAUCGACAUGGUCCAAUCUGCCCAAGGCGGCUCUCUUCCUCGCUCCUCACGGCAAUGCGCUACCAGAUGGUGUUUUGCCCAAGGUUAUUUCUUGCAUAGCAUUCGAAAAGUCGAAAGAAUCAGUCAAGAUAUAUGUCCUAGAAAUGCUUCGCAGCUUGGCAAGGCUGGCUUUGGCUUCUGCUAGCGAAUCUGAGUUCAACGAGGUCAUAAAAGCUGAGCUUCUAGACCCCAACUCUACCGCAAUAUUAGACAAUAUCACCACUGUCUUGAGGAUUGGUGAUAUUAGCAAUGCACUUUUGGAAGCUGGUAUCGAAACCAUUUUGUCUCUAGCCCCGAUCUUUCAAACUUUGGAAAACAUUCAAGCAGUCAUUCGAAUUUCGAGCUUCUUGUUACAGCAACCCGCACGCCGAGUCAACCCUAAACUCAAGGGUCGGAUUCUCUUGGUAAUUGAGAAUUUUGCCUCAUUACCUGAUGCGGCACAGGAUGAGGCUCUGCUUCUGGAGGUUUACAAGACAGUUUCAUCCCUUUUCAGCUACUUUAAGGAUCGAGAAAACCGCUCCUCGCUAUGUCGGGUUCUUUUGGCCAUCUCAAAACAAGAUACCGAGGUUUCCAAUGUUGCCAACCUUUGCUAUGAGUUGAACCUGUUUAAGGAGGGUCGCAUUGAUGAGCCAGACUAUGACAGACGUCUUGCCGCAUUCAGCGCCAUCUCAAGCAAUCACGAUAACCCAUGGUCUCCUAGAGAGUGGCUUCCUGUUCUUCACAACCUGAUUUUCUUCAUCCGCAUGGAUGAGGAAUUCGGUGUGCUCUCAUCCAACGCUGCUGAUGGCAUUCGACGCCUGGUACAAGAAGCGUCGGACUGUCAAUCACAAGAAACGAAAGCCGUCUUUGACGAAUACCUCAAGCAGAUCCUCAUGCCAUCAAUUUACGGCGGUGCUCGAGAAGAGUCAGAAACUGUUCGGCGAGAGUAUCUGCGCGUGCUAGGGUUCCUUCUUACCACAAUGCCUGAAUGGGCCCCGGUGGCUGACUUGAGCGGUCUCCUGAACGAGCGUCAAGAGGACUCUACCGAGCCUUCGUUCUUCUUUGAUAUCCUGAGUCCAGCAACUUCAAAACAAAUGGAUGCCCUGCGAACACUGGAAGCUGCGAAUGCAAGCAAAGAAAUGGGCAGCCAGAACCUGACUCAAUUCUUCAUCCCCUUACUGGAGCACUUCAUCUUUGGAAGAGCCGAUGGCGGUGAUGACCAUGGACUCGGUGCGCAAGCAGCAAGCACAAUCAGCAACCUUGCCAUGUCUUUGAACUGGAACCACUUCCGCACAACCUUUCAUCGAUACAUUGGUUACAUCGAAUCGAGGCAGGAGCAGCAGAAGCAUACCAUCCGCCUUUUGGGUAAAUUUACUGAUGCUCUGUUGCUUUCGUUGCCUGAAAGCCCAGACGCCGAAUCCAUGGAGGUGGACCAAGAAGAAAGUUCAUCCUCUGCGGUACGACGGCUCCGUCUUAUGUCUCCAAAGACUGCAGAAUUGGCUACCCAGAUUACUGAUUACUUCCUUCCACCGCUUACCAAGCAUUUGCAUCAAAAAGAUGAAUCUGAGGUCAGCUAUCGUGUCCCCGUUGGUAUCACCAUUGUCAAGCUCUUGAAACUGUUGCCUAGUCCACAAAUGGAUCAGAAACUGGCUGGUGUUUUGACAGACAUUUGCCAUAUUUUGCGCAGCAAAGCAUGGGAGGCGAGAGAGAUGACUCGAGAUACUCUUGUCAAAAUUGCUGUUCUUUUGGGUCCUUCCUUUUUCGGGUUCAUUCUGAAGGAGCUUCGAGGAGCUCUCACUAAAGGCUACCAAUUGCACGUCCUUUCAUACACCGUGCACUCCAUCCUGGUUGCCACCGUACCUCAUUUCGCACCUGGCGACCUUAAUCCUUGCCUGUCAUCCAUUGUCACUGUUAUCAUGGACGACAUAUUCGGAGUUGUUGGCCAGGAGAAGGAUGCUGAGGGCUAUGUUAGUCAGAUGAAGGAGGUCAAGAGCAGCAAGAGUCAAGACUCGAUGGAAUUGAUUGCCAAGAACGCAUCCAUCAGUCGUCUCAUUGAGCUUGUGCGGCCGCUACAGGCUCUUUUGAUGCAGAAAGUGGAUUUGAAGAUUGUGCGCAAGAUUGACGCCCUGCUGGCCCGCAUCACGGCCGGUCUCUUGCAGAAUCCAGCCACUGAGAGCCGCGAUACUUUGGUCUUUUGUUACGAGGUUAUCCAGGAAGUGUAUAAUGCACGAAACCCAGAGGCCGAACCAAAACUGGACUGGAAGACUCGAAGAUAUCUAGUCCAGAGGGGAGCCAAAAAGAGUGGUGACCGAGGCCAAACCAGCAAGCAUACAUACAAGUUGACUCGCUUCGCAUUUGAGAUGCUGAGAUCGAUGCUGAAGAAGUACGAUAGCAUACGAACCCCUGAGAAUAUUGCUGGGUUCAUUCCCAUCAUUGGCGAUGCCAUUCUGGGAGGCGAAGAUGAGGUCAAGAUCUCAGCGUUCCGACUUUUGGCAGUCAUCGUUAAAGUACCCUUUACAACUGCCGAUGGAGCAAACAUCUACAAGAUCGCCGUCAAGGAGGCCACGAGGUGCAUCUCAAUGUCGACUUCGACCACGACUGACUUGGCGCAAGCGGCUUUAAAGAUGCUUGCCGUCGUGCUGAGAGAUCGACGAGAUAUUGAGGUCAAGGAUGCUGCUAUCGAUAUGCUAUUGGGGAAGCUGAAGGACGACUUCACGGAGCCCCUCUACCGACACAUCACUUUCAACUUCCUGCGGUCUGUGCUCGAUCGCCGCAUUGAAACUGCGACGGUCUAUGACACUCUGGAUCAGGUCGGCACAGUCAUGAUUACCAACGAUGACAAGGACACGCGAGACCUGGCACGAGGCGCCUUCUUCCAGUUUAUCCGAGACUACCCUCAGAUGAGAUCUCGUUGGACAAAGCAGCUCAACUUCGUGGUCGCCAAUCUCAAGUACAAUCGCGAAGGUGGCCGAAUUUCGGUCAUGGAGGUUAUACACUUGCUGCUCAUGAAGUCCUCCAGCGACUUCAUCCAAGAAAUUGCAGCAACAUGCUUCUUGCCGCUCUUCCUGGUUCUGGCGAACGAUGAAAGCGAGAAGUGUCGCCUCGCGGCCGAAGCGCUGAUCAAAGAGAUCUUCCGCAAGGCUGACAAGGAGCGAGUAGUUGCAUUCCUUAACCUGCUUCGGUCGUGGCUUGGCAAAGAUGGAAAUGCUACGGUCGUCAAGCUUGCCGUGCAGCUCUUUGGAUAUUACUUUGAGUGUCAUGAGGAUGCCACCAAGAACCAGACUGAUUUCAAGCUCAUUUUUGACAAGGUCAUGGCAACCUUGGGAUCUGAAGAUGUUCGUGAUGUUGAUGGAGGACUUGUUGGUGCUGCCAUUGGCGUUGUGCGCAUUUUCGUUACCAGUUUCCCUGACAGGGCCUUGUCUGCCAAUAGGGAAGAGCUGUGGGCCAGACUACCACACUGUCUUGGGCACAAUGAGACUUCGGUCAAGUUGGCUGCUAUCCAGGUGAUUACUUUAUAUCUCGCUGAUUUUGCUCAGCGAGGCGCCAGCACUUCUGCAGGUGAAGAUGUCGAGGGAUCCCAUGGCCUUACUCUCCGAGCUGAGAAUGUGGAGGAGCUCGUCCGCCUCGCACUCAGGGCCUUGAAUGGCACUGAGGUUAAUGAAGGCCUGGCAAACGAGCUUGGGCAAGUUCUCAUAUUCCUUGGCCCCCGUCUUCCCAUUGGAGACUCACCCGAUUCUUCAGAUGCCGAAUCAGAGGCAGAUGAGCUGGAUGCUGAGGACAAGGAGGAGCCCAGUGCAAAGCCCAAAGAUUUGCAGUACUUGUUCUGGCGCCUGUCACACAUUCUGCGCAAGGAGAUUCGUCCCAAUGCUGUUGCCAUCACUCCCAAGGUCGUCGCCAUGGAGGUGCUGGAGACAAUCUGCCGUCGCUCUACGCUAGACCGACUCCAGCCUUCGCUCAAGACCAUUCUGACGCCGCUGCAUAACCUCACCGACCCGUCCAUCCCCGCACCUUUCAGCAUGGAUGAAGUAUUCAAGACGAAGCACGAGGGCCUCAAAACAAGGGCACAAAUCAUGAUGGAUUCUCUGCAGAAGAAGUUUGGCACUGCCGAGUACAGCAAGCAGCUCAUGUCCAUUCGUGAGGAGGUCAAGGCGCGUCGACUGCAGCGAUCUAGCAAGAGGAAGAUUGAGGCGGUAGCGCAGCCGGAGAAGUACAACAAGGACAAGAGGAAGAAGUUUGAGAAGAACAAGGAGCGCAAGAAGACGAGAUCGAAGGAGCAGAAGGUGAUGAGACAGGCGUACAAGACAUGGUGA